AUGCCGGUGAGGUUCAACCAAGUAGAACAGGUUGUGCUUUCUGCAAGUUUUAUUGGAGGCCCACGUGAUAUGCGAAGAAGAUUUAUGGAUUCUAUGACUUUAAUUCAAGAUGACGGGAAGCCCGAUAUAUUCCUUACCAAGACGUGUAAUCCUAAGUGGCCUGAAAUCCUUAAAGAGUUAUUGCCUGGUCAAACCACGCAAGAUAGGUCGGACCUUGUUGCAAGACUUUUUCUUGCCAAAUUAGAGGAUCCUAAAAAUGAACUCUUCAAGAAGCACAUCCUCGGCGAGGUUGGGGCAUAUGUUUAUGUCAUCAAGUUUCAAAAACGUGGUUUGCCACAUGCACAUAUCCUCAUGAUAAUGAAAUUGGAACACAAGAUUACAGACCCGGACCAUUACGACAAGAUAGUUUGUGCUGAAAUCCCGGACCCGACAAAGUAUCUUGAAAUGCACGAGCUGGUGAUAAAGCACAUGAUGCAUGGUCCUUGCGGCCAUUUAUGA